CAUUUAUUUUACUGUUCCACCGGUUCCUUUUCCACCACUCACGUAGGUCAAGUCACGAGCAGGAAAAAUCACAUGCAGUCCACCACGGGAGAAGAUGCAUAAAUGUUGGUUUACGACAUAAUAGACAGCCACAAACAGCAAAUCAGCAGACUUGACGGAGCAACGAACUUGUUGGAGGAAGGCAAUUUUACACUUUGUACGGGAUCAUCUUUGUUCUACCAGCAACAUGGAUCUCGGCCUUCCAUUUAGUUCUGGCUGUGCAGAAACACACCAGGUUGACCUGAGAGUUGUAGUAAAAGAAGAACACAUAAAAGAGGAGGAACAUGAUCAUAUGAUUACAUUUCAACAUGAUGAGGAAAAGCCCUUUGCAGAGUUUGACUGUAAAACUGAAACAGACGUCACAGAGUCACCAAUGUCGACUUACAAUGAAACAGUGAAGACUGAAAAAGACGAAGAAGAAGAGGAGAAGGAGCAACAAUGUGACUGGCUGCUGGAAAGUGUACCAGAACACCAACAUGUAAUGCAACAGAAGAUUCAUGGACAGAAUGAUGAACUCAACCGGCAACUCAAAGGAAGGCUGCACCGCUGUACCGUCUGCAGAAAGAGUUUCAUGGCCCUGAGUGAACUCAAGAAACACCAGCAAACACACUCAGAAAAUGAGAAGCCUCGCAAAAAGCCACAUAAAUAUUCUGAUUGUGAAAAAGCAUUUACAACAUCCUCAAUAGUCAACCACAUGCUUGCACACACUGGAGAGAAGCCUCAUAAAUGUGCCCAGUGUGGAAAAACUUUUUCACAAAGUUCAGAUCUUAAAAGCCACAUGCUAACACACACUGGCGAGAAGCCUCAUAAAUGUCCCCAGUGUGGAAAAGCUUUUAUAACCUCCACAGAUCUCAAACGUCACAGGCUUACACAUACUGGAGAAAAGCCUCAUAAAUGUGUCCGGUGUGGAAAAGCUUUUUCACAAAUAUCUAGUCUUAAACGCCACAUGCUAAUACACACUGGAGAGAAGCCUCAUAAAUGUAAUCAGUGCGGAAAAGCAUUUUCACAGGUUUCUUAUCUUAAAACUCAUGUACUGAUACACACUGGAGAGAGGCAUCAUAAAUGUUCCCAGUGUGGAAAAGCAUUUAUAUCUUCCAACGAUGUUCAUCGCCACAUGCUUACACAUACUGGAGAGAAGCCUCAUAAAUGUGUCCAGUGUGGAAAAGCUUUUUCACAAAGUUCAGAUCUUAAAAGCCACAUGCUAAUACACACUGGAGAGAAACCUCAUGAAUGUGCCCAGUGUGGAAAAGCUUUUACAAAACUCUCAAAUCUUAAGCACCACAUUCGUAUACACACUGGAGAGAAGCCUCAUAAAUGUACCCAGUGUGGAAUACGUUUUUCACGAAGAUCAGCUCUUAAAAGCCAUACACUAAAACACACUGGAGAGAAGCCUCAUAAAUGUGACCAGUGUGGAAAAGCUUUUAAAAUAUCCUCAAACCUUAAACGUCAUAUGGGAGUACACACUGGAGAGAGGCAUCAUAAAUGUCCCCGGUGUGGAAAAGCAUUUUCACAACGUUCAUAUAUUAAAUGCCACAUGCUUACACAUACUGGAGAGAAGCCUCAUAAAUGUGUCCAGUGUGGAAAAGGCUUUUCACAAAUUUCACAUCUUAAAAACCACAUGCUAAUACACACUGAACAGAAGCCUUAUAAAUGUGUCCAGUGUGGAAAAGCAUUUUCACAAAUUUCACAUCUUAAAAACCACAUUCACCAGUGUGGAAAAUCUUUUUCAAAAUCUUAAAAGCCACAUGCUAAUUCAUUUGGGAGACAAGCCUCAUAAAUGUUACCAGUGUGGAAAAGCAUUUAGACACCUCAUAACUCUUCAACAACGUUUGCUAAUACAUACAGGAGAGAAGUCCCAACAGUAUAAGUAUAUAUAUAUACUCUUUUGAUCCUGUGAGGGAAAUUUGGUCUCUGCAUUUAUCCCAAUCCGUGAAUUAGUGAA